AAUUUCAAAAAACUGCCUGGCGGCGUCCUAAUGGGCGUUGCAGCUCUCUCUCUCUCUCUCGCUGUAGACUUGGUGACCCCAUUUUCUGUUCUGCUAGUUGCUUUGGCGCUCUCGUCAUCUCCUCCUAAUGGCAAGUCACAAAGGCAAUGUACCAGAUCCAAGGAGCAAGCAAGCUGUGAAACCGUGGUGCCUUCAGGAUUUUGAGAUCGGGAAACCCCUCGGUAGAGGGAAAUUCGGCAAUGUCUAUCUCGCCAGAGAGCGGAAGAGCAAAUAUGUUGUUGCGCUCAAGGUUAUCUUCAAGGCACAGCUUCGGAAACACCAGCUCGAACACCAAUUAAGACGAGAGAUUGAGAUACAGAGCCUUCUUCGCCACCCGAAUAUUCUGCGGUUGUUUGGGUAUUUCCACGACGAGGAACGUAUAUUCUUGAUUCUUGAAUAUGCCGCUAGAGGUGAGCUUUACAAGGAGUUGCAGAGAGUACGAUACCUACCGGAGAAGCGGGCUGCCACUUACGUAUCAUGCCUUGCGCAAGCGUUGGCGUACUGCCAUGAGAAGCAUGUAACUCAUCGUGACAUCAAACCGGAAAACAUACUGGUUGACUUGCAGGGUCAGCUGAAAAUCGCUGAUUUUGGUUGGUCCGUUCACUCCAAAACAAAACGGCAAACCAUGUGCGGGACUCUGGAUUAUCUACCACCGGAAAUGGUGGAAAACAGAUUACAUGAUCACACUGUUGAUAAUUGGUGUUUGGGCAUACUCUGCUAUGAAUUCCUGUACGGUGUACCACCUUUCGAAGCUGAAAGCCAGUCGGAUACCUUCAGGAGGAUUCUGAGGGUUGAUCUUAGCUUCCCUUCCACCCCAGCAAUAUCUGCAGAAGCCAAGGACCUUAUCAGUCGCCUCUUGGUCAAGGACUCUUCAAAGCGGCUAUCACUACAAAAAAUUCUCGAGCACCCAUGGAUUGCUCAAAAUGCUGAUUCCACCAGCUCAUGCGCCUAGACAAGAAAGUAGAUGAAGUAUUUGCUAUGGGAGGUAUAUGGCCCGCAAGAAUUCUGAAGGCAGAUUGGCAGGUUUAAUUGCUAUUUGGCUUCUCCCCUUAUUGCAACAAGGAUUUCAGCUCUCUGAGUGCAACUACCCUCUGAAUUCAGAAGACGACUGCAAUUUGUAUCAGCCCUUCUGCUCAUUUGUCACCAAAGUGACCAAUUCCUGUAAAUCUCUGACCCGAAGAACAAUUUGAGACUCUCAUAUUCUCUGCUGCUCGUGAGAAUUGUUAUUGGAUGAGCUUCUCUAUGUCA